AUGGUCGUGGAGACUAUUAUACGGAAGUUUCUACAGCACCACUCCAUCAUUCCUUCAUUGCAGGUUCCGAAGGCCCGCUACUCACUCUCUAAGACGCUAGAAUGGCGGCGCAGGAGCAAUCCACGGGCAGGCAUAGACAAGGCUAAAUCGAUCCUAUCUGAGCUAGGCCUGCUCUUUGUUACCAGAAAUCGUGGGAGCUAUGUUUUGUGGGCCAUUAUCGAUGAGAUGAUCUUAAAGGGAUUCUCGCCGUUACACGAUGACCUUUCAACAUCUGCCGGAAUCGAGAAUCUGGGCGUCGCCGUAAUGGAACUUCUCGCCACUUUGCUCCCCUCCCAGCCGUCUGAUAUGGACAAGAAGACCAGCCACGCGGCAAGUGGUGUCCUUGAAUUACGGCUGCAACAGAAGCCGGGGGGGCGUACGGAAUACGGCUCGUUUCGAGGUAACAUCCGGAAGGCGCUCAGUGAUUUGAUUGCACUGAUCCAUUCGCACUACCCCUGUCUUCUUGAGAAAACAUACAUUAUCUACCCAUCGCUUGAAUACCGCGCUAGUUUGGAUGUUCCCGAAUACCUCUUACGGAAUACCACUCUUUUAGAGAAACCAGAGGACCUCGCCCUUUACCUUGGCCCGGAUAUUCCACCAAAGUACGGAGGAGAUGGCAGGUCGCUAGCCGAAUUGAAUUGUAUUGAGCCACUCCGGCUUGACGUCGAGGGCCAGGAGAACAGGCAAAGCACACCCGAAGCCGAAGGUAAAAGUGAUCGUUCAACUGGGGAGAAAGAAACGGCGCGUGGGCAAGCUCCAAAUGUUCUAGAAGCCACGGACAUUCAGAGGUCCACGGCAUCCCCUGAACCCCAACUGCGUCUACUUUACUCGGAGGAUAUUGGUCCGCCUACAAUUAUAUUGGAUCCAGCAGACCUGAAAGAUGCUGAAGAUCUGAUACCGGACAAGAUGGGCGCUCGUCUCGCCUGGGCCGACACCGACAUGCUUGUGAAAUUCGGCCAUGGCGUUCGCCUAGCUGAGGCUGAGGCUCUGCAUUUAGUAUCUAAACGGACAACCAUCGCAGUGCCCAAGCUGCUGAGUGCAUAUAUUCUUGACGGGACUGGGUACAUCAUCAUGUCCUAUGAACAUGGAACGCCUUUUAACCAGUACUGGGACAAUGCUUCGGAGGCAGAACACCAGAGAAUCCUCGCUCAAUUAACGGACUAUGUGCAGCAAAUGCGAGCGAUUGAAAGCAACUUCAUUGGAGGGCUGGAUCACUCGCCUUGCCGAGACGGAGUCUUUGAAGGAGGCUAUGGUGACUACUCUAAGUACAGCUACGGGCCAUACGAGUUAGAGCAGAGCUUCAACGAAGGCAUGGUCCAAGCUUUGCGUGACCGGCUUCCAGCAGAGCUACUGGAAAGCGAAAACAACCCGGAAUCCAUGUUCACACACGGUGACCUUCAUGAAGGCAACAUGCUGGUCCGCUCGGAUGGUACUGUGGUACUAUUGGACUGGGGACUAUCGGGGUUUUGGCCUGAAUACUGGGAAUUCUAUCGUGCCAAGUUUAAUCCGCCUUGGAGAACAUCCUGGGAUCGUAUGGUUGAAAGGUUUAUCCCCCCAUACUAUGUCGAAUAUGACGUGAUGAAGAAGAUCUUCGGAACUAUUUGGUAUUGA